UGUAUAUGACCAGACACCAAGCGGUCAAAUUUCCCGCUACUCCUUUCUUGAAUUAAAUGGAAAGGACGGCUUCUCAAAUAAUUAUCUUAGAUCUGUAUUUGACCAGACAACCAGCGGUGAAAUGCCCAGCUAUUGAUUUGCUGAAGAAAAUGAAAAGGACGAUUGCUUAAUAAUUCCAGGCAGUCGUCCAAUGCCAACAUACCAGAAGCACAGAAGGGGCAGGCUGCAGCCAAUAACUUUUCAUAAGAUUUGUUCUGCUUUCCGCAUCAAAGCUGCCAGUCGUCGUUUAUUGGCUUCAGAUCCCCUCACGGUACGCUUCGAGUAUGGUUACCAAUCAAGGCUCAAGAGAUUUAAAGCCCUAACACAUUUUAAAUAUCGUGAACGGGUACGAAAUGAGGGAUUUCGGGCAGAUUCAUUCUAUUUGACCUGUCUGUAUGAAGAUGUAGAUGGAGCUCAAGAAAUUUAGGGCUCCCAAAUCCCAAUGCGUAAUAAUGUCAUUGAAUCGCUAUGUUAAUAGUGCGUCGCCCAAUGGCCGGCCCUGACAGUACAUAAAUCUUUAACAUUGAGGGCAAAUGUUCUGUAUUCUUAAACAGUGGAAUUGGUAACCUUCUUUCAGGUUCAGGGGAACACUGGUUCGUAUGGUUAGUUGAAAAUUCGACUGAGCUGGAUCGCCAGCCCCCAAGAGUGGAAUCGAUGUCGUCGUAAAUCUUCAUAACCCUUAUCAAUAUUAAUGGCUGGAUAAUUCUGCUUCUUACACCUUAUUUACUAGCUUCACACCUUGCUGUUUAAGGGCUCCGAAGUUGAUGGUUUGUCAGAGUGAGGUUAAAGGAGUUGCACCCGAUGUUAUCUGAAUUAAGAGCCUAAGAUUUGCAGCAUUUGGAAACAGAUUGUUUUUGGAAAAAACAGUUUGGGUGCAAUGGACUCGUUGAAUAACGGGGACAGAUAUAGUAAGGUGCAGACUUGCAGAGGGCUGAGAGAUCGAAGAAUAAGGUUGACCUCUGAAACGGCCAUAAAAUUUUAUGACAUCCAUGAUAGGCUUGGCUUCAAGCAGCCUACCGAGUCAGUGGAGUGGCUUCUGCAGCAGGCCCAGCCUGCAAUGAAUCAUCUUUCACCGACCCAAUUUCUGGAAUCGGAAGAAAACAUUCCAUCUUCUUCUUCUCCUCUUACCCAUAACUCCAAUCAACAGUCUCCUACAGACAACAAGUUGCAGAGAAGAGUGUCUCGUUCAGUGCCGUGUAGGAAGCACAAAGAGAAUGACAGAGAAAGAGUUGAACACAGAGCCAAGGCCAGGGAUAGGGCUCGCGAGAGAACUAAGCCGAAGUUGAACAUUAAUAUGGAGUUGCAUGAUUCAACUUCAAGCUACCCGGAUCAGGAUGCCUCUAUUUUGACAAGUGAAUCAUCUUUCCCCCAAGAUGAAUCAAAUCUCAAUGCUUUUAUUCAAAGCCCUGUUCGGGAAGACACAAGCACACAACAUUUUUGUUCUUCAAGUGAUACGUUAUCACCUUUACUUUCUGAUUUUGGAUUUCCCUCCCCAAACUAUGACAAUGCAUUUGUUUUUGAAGAUCACUUUUAUUUGUGAUGUGCCAAAUGUUCUUUGUAACAAUCAAUUGGAGUUAAGAUAUUAGUGCGACUGCGAAUGAAGAAAGUUCUUGGCCAUAAUGCGUAUAAUUUUCUGACUUUGCAUAUCGUAUUAUUUCUGUGGGGUACAAGUUUUUUUAAAUUGAUAAUAUAAACAUUUGUAGCAGUCUGUAGAUAAGCAUUCGGUGUAAGAAUAAUCGUCUUCUUUCCUUAUAGGAUUAAGGGAUAUUUCUCCACAGGACAUUAUUUUAACCAUAUUCUUUAUGAUGUUUAAGUCUUAAAACUCACCAAAUCUGAUCUCUCUCUCUCUAUAUAUAUAAUAUCAUAAACACUCUAUAUAUAUAGUAUCAUAAACACUCUCUCUAUAUAUAAUGCCAUAAACACUAAAUUUUUCAUCACUGGAAUUGUAGAACUGUUGUCUCAAUAAAUAUUAUUGGUCUUUUUAUUUUGCUUCAAAUCUUUCAAUACUCUGCAAGCAACCAAACUGAUUGGCAUGCACCCUAGGGGUCAAGACGGCUUCAAUGCAUUCGUCCUCCUUAUAGAUCACAAGGAGGCUGUAGCUACUUCGAAGGCCAAGAGAUCACCAUAAAUUUUUAAACACUAUACAUAACAAUUAUCUAUGGUUCAUGUAUAUUUAGAAUUGAUUGACCUUAAACAAUUGAUUAAUUUUAAUCAACACAUCAGUUGUUUCUGGUGAG